AAUAUCUCGUUAACUUUUUGUUACGUAAUUUAAGGAGCGUAGAAUUUUAUUUAACUUUUACGUGAUUUACAAGAUGAGGGCUUUUGUCUUAUUUUUUGUUUUCGGUAUUUGUCUUCAAGUGCAGGCUGGAUUUUUUGAGCCAAUAAUAACUGUGGAUCAACUAGAUAUUAAUAAAUAUUUGGGAAGAUGGUACGAGAUUUCAAGCAGCAUGAUUCCGAAAUUGACAUUUGAAAAGAAUUUGGUUUGCACGACUGCAACUUACUCAUUGCAAUCUGAUGGAUCCAUUAAAGUAUUUAAUGCUGGUAGAAUAUUGAAGCCAACUGGACUUGCGAAUAAUGCUACUGGAAAAGCAGUUGUUGUAAGAAAUGGAACGCUUCUUGUAACUUUUCCUCAAUCAAUAAAUUUUUUCAAUGCAAACUAUUUUGUGGUAAAACUUGGAAAUCCUACUUUUGGUACGCAAGGUCUUUACGAAUAUGCUAUAGUUACCACACCGUUCAGACUUACAACUUGGGUACUAGCACGAGAUCCACAAUCAUUUUUUGCUAAUUAUCAAAAGGAGGUUAAAGAUUACCUCAAGUAUAACGGAUAUAAUUGGUUUUGGAACAAGCCUACUCCAACUGUACAAACUCAAGAUUGCAUAUAUCCUGAAUAAUUUUCAAUUUACUUAGCACUAAAAACGUCGCACUGAUUACAAAUGCUUACAGCAUUUUAUUGUACUUUUUUUUAAAUUCAAUAACUUUUUAAGCUUA